AUGUCGAACAGUGCUUUGAUGAACGCUGCCAAGCCCUCCAGCCCGCCCGCUACAGGAGCCACUCCUGGAGCGAGGUCUUUACGCUGUCCUUCGAAAAAGACGUACACAUGCAAAGGCUAUUUGUCUACGACUCGUCAAUUGGAUGCGGAUAGAUCUUCUGCAACGCAGCAAGUCAAUUUUGAUAUUAUCCAUGAUAUUCAAGACUUUUACGUUGUCGAAAGUAACGGCACACAGAGCUGUCACACCGUAGAGUACGACAGCCCCGAUUCGAGCGCGGCAGCCACAGAAGACAGUCCCAUGCACCUCUCAUAUCCUUUUGGAAUCACCAGAGAUUUGGACCUGGACACAUUUGCCAUUGGUUCUUGGGUUGAUGAUGCCAGUCUCAUGAACCAUGCAUGGGACCAACCACCAACCUCGAGGAAUACCAACACCCGUCCAUGUGUGUUGAGCAUUGGGUCUGCGGACUUCAUAUUGACUGAUGGAGAAAAAUUCAUGGUAAAGGAAUAA